AUGGCAUCCUUUCCUCCUCCGCCCGUCGACUCCAUCGACUGGUCCAACGUCGGCUUCAAAGUCCGCGACGUGAACGGCCAUGUCGAAUGCACUUUCUCCUCCAGCACCGGUGGCACAUGGUCGCGCCCGAAAUUCGUCGCCUCUCCGUUCAUUCCCCUCCACGGCAUGGCCCCCGGCCUGAAUUACGGCCAGCAAGCCUACGAGGGUCUCAAAGCCUUCCGCCACCCCUCCGGCGCCAUCUCCAUCUUCCGCCCGGACCGCAACGCCGCGCGUCUCCGCCGCUCCGCCGAGUUCAUCUCGGUCCCGCCUGUCCCGGAAGAUCUCUUCAUCGAGAGCGUGCGACUAGCCGUCGCCGCCAACGCGGAGUUCGUGCCGCCGCACGAGACCGGCGCCGCGAUGUACAUCCGGCCGCUGGUGUUCGGGUCGUCGGCGCAGCUGGGGCUCAGCCCGCCGGACGAGUACACGUUCGUGGUGUUUGUGAUGCCGACGGGCGUGUACCACGGGGUGCACGCGGUGGACGCGCUGAUCCUGGAGGACUUCGACCGGGCGGCGCCGGAGGGGACGGGCUCGGCCAAGGUCGGGGGCAACUAUGCGCCGGUGCUGCGGCACAGUGCGCGGGCGCACGCGGAGGGGUUCGGCAUCACGCUGCAUCUGGACAGCGCGACGCGGUCGGAGAUCGACGAGUUCUCGACGUCGGCGUUCAUCGGGGUGCGGAAGGACGGGGCCGGCGCGGUGACGCUGGUGCAGCCGGACAGCAAGAACGUGAUUGACUCGGUGACGGCGGCGUCGGUGUGCGAGAUCGGGCGGCGGGUGUUUGGCUGGAAGGUCGAGCGGCGGCGCAUCGCGUACGAGGAGAUCGGCGAGUUCAAGGAGGUGAUUGCGGCGGGGACGGCAGCGGCGCUGGUGCCCAUCCGCAGCAUCACGAUGCGGUCCAAGGGGGACAAGUUCGAGUUUGAGUGCGGCGGGGGCACUGGGGGCGAGGCGUGCGUGAAGCUGCUGCAGACGCUCAAGGGCAUCCAGGCGGGCACGAUCGACGAUCCGUUUGGCUGGAAUUCCAUGGUGGACAAGGCACCGCCGCAGGCCUGGCUGGACGGUGCCGGUGGCCAUGAUGAAGGGGAUGACGGCAUCAACGUUCCAUAG